AUGGCGAAACGAGAUUAUUUUUGUUUCGUUGUCUUGUUUUUGAGUUCAGUCUCAGCAGUCAUAGAUGAUCCUCAAAAUAAACAAGUGUAUGUUGUCUACAUGGGCUCACUUCCGUCUUUACUGGAAUACACACCACUGUCGCAUCAUAUGAGUAUUCUUCAAGAAGUCACCGGAGAUAGUUCGGUGGAAGGUCGUUUGGUGAGAAGUUACAAGAGGAGUUUCAACGGUUUCGCGGCCCGACUCACUGAGUCAGAACGAAUAAGAGUAGCCGAAAUGGAGGGAGUUGUGUCUGUGUUUCCGAACAUUAACUACAAACUCCAAACGACGGCGUCUUGGGAUUUCUUGGGGUUGAAGGAAGGAAAAAAUACAAAGCGAAACUUGGCCAUAGAAAGUGAUACUAUUAUCGGAUUCAUCGACAGUGGGAUUUGGCCAGAAUCCGAGAGCUUUUCUGAUAAAGGCUUUGGUCCUCCUCCUAAGAAAUGGAAAGGUGUUUGUUCCGGCGGCAAAAACUUCACUUGCAACAACAAGUUGAUCGGAGCAAGAGACUACACAAGCGAAGGCACUAGGGACCUCCAAGGUCACGGUACUCACACAGCGUCCACAGCGGCUGGAAACGCAGUUGCGGACGCAAGCUUCUUUGGAAUAGGCAAUGGAACGGCAAGAGGCGGUGUUCCAGCCUCUAGAAUCGCAGCUUACAAAGUCUGCUCAGAGAAAGAUUGUACCGCGGCAUCUCUACUGUCUGCCUUCGAUGAUGCGAUAGCAGACGGUGUUGACCUCAUCAGCAUCUCUCUCGCGUCAGAAUUUCCCCAAAAGUACUAUAAGGAUGCGAUAGCGAUUGGGGCUUUUCACGCUAAUGUCAAAGGGAUUCUUACUGUGAAUUCAGCCGGUAAUUCCGGUUCGUUUCCAUCCACAACCGCGAGCGUAGCGCCGUGGAUAUUAUCGGUUGCAGCCAGCAACACGAACCGUGGGUUUUUCACCAAAGUUGUUCUGGGAAACGGCAAGACACUUGUCGGAAGAUCAGUGAAUUCUUUUGAUCUGAAAGGAAAGAAGUAUCCUCUUGUGUACGGAGAUAAUUUCAACGAAUCUCUUGUGCAAGGAAAGAUCUUGGUUUCCAAAUUCCCAACUAGUUCAAAAGUAGCUGUUGGAUCCAUACUUAUAGACGACUAUCAACACUAUGCUUUACUUAGCUCCAAGCCCUUCAGUCUUCUACCACCAGACGACUUUGACUCUCUCGUCUCUUACAUUAACUCCACAAGGUCCCCGCAAGGGACUUUUCUUAAAACUGAGGCAUUCUUUAAUCAGACAGCUCCUACAGUUGCUUCCUUCUCUUCUCGUGGUCCUAACUUCAUCGCUGUUGAUCUUCUUAAGCCAGAUAUAUCAGCACCAGGAGUGGAGAUUCUCGCAGCCUAUUCACCUUUGGGUUCACCAUCUGAGGAAGAGAGCGAUAAAAGACGUGUAAAGUACUCUGUUAUGUCGGGAACUUCUAUGUCUUGUCCGCACGUUGCAGGUGUGGCUGCGUACAUCAGGACUUUCCAUCCAAAAUGGUCUCCUUCCGUUAUCCAAUCUGCCAUCAUGACAACCGCUUGGCCAAUGAAACCUAAUAGACCUGGCUUUGCAUCAACCGAGUUUGCUUAUGGAGCUGGACAUGUCGACCAAAUAGCCGCUAUUAACCCUGGACUCGUCUAUGAAUUAGACAAAGCAGACCACAUCGCCUUUCUUUGCGGUUUGAACUACACUUCGAAAACCCUUCAUCUCAUCGCCGGUGAAGCCGUUACUUGCAGUGGAAAUACCUUACCAAGAAACCUCAACUAUCCUUCAAUGUCAGCUAAAAUUGAUGGAUAUAAUAGCUCCUUCACCGUGACUUUCAAAAGAACCGUCACCAAUCUCGGUACCCCCAACUCUACGUACAAAUCCAAGAUCGUCUUAAAUCACGGAGCUAAGCUCGUCAAGGUCUCGCCUAGUGUUCUUUCUUUUAAAAGGGUGAACGAAAAACAGUCUUUCACAGUAACUUUUUCAGGCAAUCUCAACCUAAAUCUACCUACAUCUGCAAAUCUAAUCUGGUCUGAUGGAACACAUAACGUGAGAAGUGUGAUUGUUGUCUACACAACGUGAGGCAGUAUCAGUUCACCGUAGUCAUCAUUAUCAUAAUAUUGUCGCCGAUGUGUUUCUUUCUGAUGAUUGGUUUUCGUGUUUCAGAGCUUUGCAUUUAUUUGAAUUAAAUUCAUCUAUAUGUCCUAGAAUAAAUAUAUUAAUUGAAGCUUUCUCUUUCUAACUAUCAUCUCAAGUCUCAAGAAAAA